CGGGAAGAAGGUAAUGACUUAGGUUGGGCGAGCAUCGUAUCCGGGAUUACAUCUCUUCUAUAAAAAUCAACUCUUCGGUGGGGUUUGUCACACAGUGGAACAGACGAAACAGAACGAACACAAGUCAUGGCAGGGAACUGUUCAACCUCGAGACUGUGGGUUGUUGUUGCUAUUGCAUUCUGUAUAACAACUGUAUCAUUGGCGUGCUACCUCAUUUGGAAGGAGGUCGGGUCAAGGAAAAGUAUUGAAGAACGUAUUGUUGAGCGGUACCCAACCCUGUUUGUUACGGAAGUGCAGCAGUUGCGCCUGUUCAACUUAACCGGACAGUACACGCCAGUCAAGAGCAAGGUACUCGGGAAAAGCAACUGCACUGUCAGGUGUGCCGCAAAAAAUGGCAGUUUUCCUGCGCGUCAGAUAUCGGGUCCUGUUCUCAACCACGCAUGUUGUCAAUCACAGGCGUUCUUCAGAGACGAAGCGACAAUGACCUCUGUGACGGGCGUUUUGAAGACGAUAGCCCAGUUUGGCAACAGGAAACAGUUCUUCAAGUUCGAGCAGUGCAGUCAUGUUUCCAAUUAUAACUACGGCGUGUGUUCCCAAAAUGUGGAAUAUACGACGGCAGUCACGGUGAACGAAGACGAGGAUGAAGACGACGACGACAGAUACCAAAUCGAGUGGGUCAGGUUGCCCGGAUCCUGCAAGUGUCUCAACACGUAGGGUCUCCGGGAGAACAUCCACGGAGAACCAGAAGAACAAAUCAAUUACUUGUAUUAAAUCAUGACGUGUUUAUAUUUUUAUCUCCCGUGUAUAUUUAUUCUUAAAGAAUCUUUAUAUGUGUUCUGUGUUAAAAUGUACUGUUACUUCUUUGUUUACUGUCUCAGUCUAUUGGCACAAACAAUUCAUUUUUUCAUCUUUUUACACGUGAAGUUUACAACAUAUACUGUUUUUUUCCAUUGGACGAGAGGCGGCCGGUCAUAUCAUAGCAAAAUUGACGACAUUUUGACGUUCAAAACGUUUAUCACAAGACUUUUCUUGAAAUGACGUAAAUAUUGGCGUACUACAUCCUUUGGAACUCCCAAGCACGAAUAAAUACAGAUGCGAUGUUUCUCAUCCCUUAAUGCCGAACUAAUCGUUUUAGCCUUGAUUGGGAAAAGUCUGCGAGUUCGACUGCUUUCCCUUGCACCAAGACUAGUAUCCUGGCUGCGACCAAUCCCAGUUAACAAAACUCGACCCGUACCUAAGCUGACAGUGAGAGUUAACACCACUCUGUGAAUUUACUCCUUACAUAUUUGUCACAUCUUUAUAGACAGCUGAUGAUCGAACAAAAGAUCAAUUAUGACAAACACGUGUAAUCGACACAGGUUCAUCAACAACUUCUGAAAUCUCUCCCGUCACGUUAAUCGCGUCAGCCAUUUUGGCGUCUUAUACGUUAAUGUGAAUGAAUUUCGACGCACGGUCACCAUGUCUGACUCACUUAACAGACCGUUCUCAUUCAAGUAUAUUAUUUGAACUUUUUUUUUGUAAGUAAACUGAUUUUUUUUUACUGUGGAACCAUUUCAGUAUACACACGCUCGUGUCGACUCUCCUUUUGAGGAACUAUUUUAUUCCGCGAUACAGAUGUUGUAUGGCUGUCAAUGUUAGUACAUGUGGUCACACCUACUAAAUGAAAUUAGGUAUGCAUUCUUAGGGGUAUUAUACAGUGAUUUAUUAGAACUGACAUUCACUUUGACGACUGAGUGCUCCUGGCGAGGUACAGUGAGUACGGAGUGAGUUUUUUUCACGCCGCUUCGAACAGUAUUCCAGUUAUAUCACGGCGUAUCACUUUGAUGUGGGAGGAAAGACCGAAGUGACGCACUUUGGUUAAACCCACAAGCACGGGUAUGUUGCUGACAAACCUAGAAACAUACCGGGAUUCGAGCCUACAAGACUGCACAUAGAUUUGCGGGGUCUUAGUCAACUGGGCCACCGUACCCCCAGGAGAGGUACAUGGCUUCUCGGGUUUAUGAAUGCUUACCAUGUAUAUAGUUGUAUAUUUUUUGUUGUUGUCAAGUAUUAAAAUAUAAACUGUUA